UCUAGCCCCGGCGGCCGGCCCUUGACCUUUCCCAUUGCCUCUACAGCCCGUGUUCCAGCCAGAGACCAGAGAGCCAGCGGUCGAGGAAAGCAGAAGUAGGCCGUAGAGGUGUUCCAGGCCCCAAAUGGCUUCUUCCGAGCGAAAGGAUAAACCGGUAAGGGACCUGCCCGUUGUCCAAGAAGGGGAGCCUGUGCUGAUCUUCCAUGGGUCCACCAUGCGCGAGGCCCAGUGUGUCCGGGUACACGUGGAGGACAAUCAAGUCAAAUACCUAGUACGUUAUCAAAGUGGGAGCGGGGUCAGUUUAGUCAGUAAGGGUAUUUUUGCCCACCCCUGUGCACCUCCCCGGCUGCCGUCACCACUCCCGAGACUGGAACCCCUUCCAAGUGUCCAGAAGGCCCAACCUAGCAGCAGCAGCGGGGGCCCCAGCACCACCAGCGGCUUUCCCAGCACCAGUGGUGAUGGCCCCAGCACCAGUGGUGAUGGUCCCAGCACCAGCAGUGGCUUCCAGAGCUCCAGUGGUGAUGGCCCCAGCACCAGAGGCCCCAGCACCAGUGGCGAUAGCCCCAGCACCAGCAGUGGCUUCCCUGGCACCAGCAGUAGCUUCCAGAGCACCAGUGGUGAUGGCCCCAGCACCAGCAGUGGCUUCCCCAGCACCAGUGGUGAUGGCCCCAGCACCAGCAGUGGCUUCCCCAGCACCAGUGGUGAUGGCCCCAGCACCAGCAGUGGCUUCCCCAGCACCAGUGGUGAUGGCUCCAGCACCAGCAGUGGCUUCCCCAGCACCAGCAGCGGCUUCCAGAGCACCAGUGGCGAUGGCCCCAGCACCAGCGGGGAUAUCCCCAGCACCAGAGGCCCCCGCACCAGUGGCGAUGGCCCCAGCAGCAGCGGAGGCUUCCAGAGCACCAGUGGUGAUGGCCCCAGCACCAGCAGUGGCUUCCCCAGCACCAGCAACAGCUUCCCCAGCACCAGUGGUGAUGGCCCCAGCACCAGAGGUCCCACCAGCACCAGCAGCAGCUUCCAGAGCACCAGCUGUGAUGGCCCCAGCACCAGAGGUCCCACCAGCAGCAGCAGCAGCUUCCUGGGCACCAACGGCGAUGGCCCCAGCACCAGACGCCCCAACACCAGCAGUGGCUUCCCCAGCACCAGCAGCGGCUUCCAGAGCACCAGUGGCGAUGGCCCCAGCACCAGCGGGGAUAUCCCCAGCACCAGAGGCCCCAGCACCAGUGGUGAUGGCCCCAGCACCAGCAGUGGCUUCCAGAGCUCCAGUGGUGAUGGCCCCAGCACCAGCAGUGGCUUCCCCAGCACCAGUGGUGAUGGCCCCAGCACCAGCAGUGGCUUCCCCAGCACCAGUGGUGAUGGCCCCGGCACCAGAGGCCCCAGCACCAGCAGUGGCUUCCCCAGCACCAGCUGUGAUGGCCCCAGCACCAGAGGUCCCACCAGCAGCAGCAGCAGCUUCCUGGGCACCAACGGCGAUGGCCCCAGCACCAGACGCCCCAACACCAGCAGUGGCUUCCCCAGCACCAGCAGCGGCUUCCAGAGCACCAGUGGCGAUGGCCCCAGCACCAGCGGGGAUAUCCCCAGCACCAGAGGCCCCAGCACCAGUGGUGAUGGCCCCAGCACCAGCAGUGGCUUCCAGAGCUCCAGUGGUGAUGGCCCCAGCACCAGUGGCGAUGGCCUCAGCACCAGCAGUGGCUUCCCCAGCACCAGUGGCGAUGGCCCCAGCAUCAGCAGUGGCUUCCAGAGCUCCAGUGGUGAUGGCCCCAGCACCAGUGGUGAUGGCCCCAGCAUCAGCAGUGGCUUCCAGAGCUCCAGUGGUGAUGGCCCCAGCACCAGCGGGGAUAUCCCCAGCACCAGAGGCCCCAGCACCAGUGGUGAUGGCCCCAGCACCAGCAGUGGCUUCCAGAGCUCCAGUGGUGAUGGCCCCAGCACCAGUGGCGAUGGCCUGAGCACCAGCAGUGGCUUCCCCAGCACCAGUGGCGAUGGCCGCAGCAUCAGCAGUGGCUUCCAGAGCUCCAGUGGUGAUGGCCCCAGCACCAGAGGCCCCAGCACCAGUGGCGAUGGCCCCAGCACCAGCAGUGGCUUCCCCAGCACCAGUGGUAAUGGUCCCAGCAGCAGCGGAGGCUUCCAGAGCACGAGUGGUGAUGGCCCCAGCACCAGACGCCCCAGCACCAGCAGUGGCUUCCCCAGCACCAGCAGCGGCUUCCAGAGCACCAGUAGCGAUGGCCCCAGCACCAGCGGGGAUAUCCCCAGCACCAGAGGCCCCAGCACCAGUGGCGAUGGCCCCAGCACCAGCAGUGGCUUCCCCAGCACCAGUGGCGAUGGUCCCAGCAGCAGCGGAGGCUUCCAGAGCACCAGUGGUGAUGGCCCCAGCACCAGUAGUGGCUUCCCCAGCACCAGUGGUGAUGGCCCCGGCACCAGAGGCCCCAGCACCAGCAGUGGCUUCCCCAGCACCAGCAACAGCUUCACCAGCACCAGUGGUGAUGGCCCCAGCACCAGAGGUCCCACCAGCACCAGCAGCAGCUUCCAGAGCACCAGUUGUGAUGGCCCCAGCACCAGAGGUCCCACCAGCAGCAGCAGCAGCUUCCUGGGCACCAGCGGCGAUGGCCCCAGCACCAGAGUCCCCAGCACUAUCGUCGGCUUCCCUCGUACCAGUGGCGAUGGCCCCAGUGCCACCAGCAGCUUCCAGAGAUCCAGAGGCAGCUUCUCCGGUAGUAGUGACAGUUCACUUGCUAGGUUCUAUAUCAGCUUCUCCAGUAGUAGUGACAGUUCACGUGUUAGCUUCUAUAUCACCAGAGUUCCCAGCACCAUUAUCAGCCACAGCUGCUUCCCCAGCACCAGCCAGUUUAGCACCACACCCCUGGGGGCUUUCAGUGGGAGGAGCAGCAGCAGUGUGCCCAUUUUCCAGGGAGGGGAGGGAGCCAGCACCAGUGGCCUGGGCUCACAACCCCCAGCCCUCAAAGUAGCCUCCAAACAGCUAUUCUGCCCCAUAGUCAGUGGCUGGGAUUAUGAAUGGAUCCCUGAGAAUCGGGUGCUCCGCUACUCUACUGCCCAUUUGAAGCGGGAGAGUGAUGCCAGCCUUCAGAUGGCUGCCAAAAGGGAGCAGCAGGAUGACUAUCAGGUCACCUCCUCCCGAGGCAGAGAUCAGAGUGAAAAUAGCACCUCUGGGGGUGGAAUGAUGCAGCCUCCCCCCAAGAGAAGUAGGCUGAGUGUUGUUCGAGGGAAAGGGUACCUACCACGUGGAGGCAGGGGCUCUGCUGUGGGUCCAGAAAAAGAAUCUCUGGGCAGGCAGAAAGUCCAGGUCCACCUGCCCACGGCCCUGAGGCUCCUGCUAGUGCAAGAUUGGGAGCUGGUGACCUUCAGGAAAAAGCUCUUCACCCUGCCAGCCAAGAGGACUGUCAGUGUCAUCCUGGCCGAGUAUGCCACCUUCCCGCCAAACUGCCAAACCCGAGACAAAAGGUACGCUGUCAGUGGAUUGGUAGCCAUGAUCAAAGAGUACUUUGACCUGGUGCUGGGCACCCAGCUGCUCUACAAGUUUGAGAAACAACAACAUGCUGAGGUUCUGGCCUGUUACCCCACUUGGCAGAUGUCCCACAUCUAUGGAGGUGCUCACCUGCUGCGCCUGUUCCAGGAGUUGGGCCGCAUGCUCACCUGCUCUCCUCUGAGUGAGGGCAGCCUCACUGUGAUAAUGAGCCAUUUGCAAGAUUUCCUGGAGUAUCUGGCCAGGGAUCCUUCUCAGCUAUUUACAGUAGCCACUGAUUACCAGGUGACUUCUGCUGAGUACCAGCAAAAAGCUGAGUAAGGGCUUGGUGGUCUUGGC